AUGGGUCCGGAUCUGGUUCACCAUCCGCUAUCGCGCGCAGAUGGAUCGACCGUACUCUCCAGUGGUCCAUACACAGUCAUCGCAGGUGUCAAUGGCCCAAUCGAAGUGCAGCGCCGCGAUGAACUGCCAGAAGAAGCCGCUAUCGAGGUCAACUUGCGACCUGCGUCCGGAGUGGGAGGUCCUAGAGAGAGGUGGUUGGAGACUGUGCUCCAGUCAGUGUUGAAGAGCAUUGUGCUUGUCCACAUGUUUCCAAGGACCCUCGUCCAGAUCACGCUGCAAAUCACCAAGGAACCGAGCAUGAAGUUGAGGAGGACGUCUGGAGAUAUCUCCCUCAUUCCGACGCUCCUGAACGCUGCAGUGACUAGCCUUGUCGAUGGUGGCAUCCCCCUAGCGAUGACCUCCAGCGCAAUUCUCGCCACUGUCUCUUCCGACGGUCGAGUGGUACUGGAGCCUCAAGAGAAGGAGAUUGCAAGCUGCAAGAGCACACACGCAAUGGCUUUCAGCGCCAACGGAGAACAGCUUCUCAAUGAGUCGUCCGGUAACUUCAAUUUCGAUAAGUGGAGCAAGGUUGCGGACAUGGCCAAGCAGGCCAGCAUUGCGGCGAUUGGGCAUGUCGGCGAGGACACUGCAAUGUCGAAUGGUGGUGCGCAGACAGAGCCGUGGCUUCGACAGGCUCUGGAGGACGAGGCAAAGGCAGCAGGGGCAUGGCGCGAGGCAACAUGA